AUGAAUCUCUCCGACUUUGUCCUCAUCACGCGGUCCGAUCUACUCCGAGAUAAAGACCCAGAUGUUCUCAACGUGUAUUGGACCAUUAAUCCUCCACUCAGCGUGAAGAUUUUCUCUCAGGUUCGGAGCCUCGGAGCCGUGCUGCAGUUAAAGGCCAGGAUUUGUGGCUGCAUGUUGGACAAACUGAAUAAAUGUCUCCGGUUCUCUAUAAAACACAGGACGGUGGCGUGUGGCUCCGAGUGUACGAGGCUCUGUGUGGUUUGGGACGGAGCCAGGCAGCUGGGACCCAGAGCUUUUCUCCUCUCAGUGUGUGUGUGUGUGUGUGGUGUUAAGUCUGGACUGGGAUACAGAGGAUCACUGCUGUGUGAGAAUAAGAACCCAGAAUCCCUGGACUCAUCCAUCCAGAGCUCCCUGUCAGCUCUCUACCCUCCCUUUGAGGCCACAGCUCCGGCCGUCUUGAGCCAGCUAUUGCAUGUCACUGAGGGUCGUUAUGGCGGCGAUUCCCUUCAGUUCCUAACUGACUUUCUGAUCCCAGCCAGGAGACUCCUGGAGAGGGUGCGCCAGGAAACUUGUGAGCCGUAUUCUGACUUGGCGUUCCAUUGUGCCGGCUGGCCACUGUGCCUGUACGACCACAUUGUAAUCCAUCUUGCCCCUAUCAACCCACUGCUGCUCUCCUUUGAAGACUUUUACCUACAGGUGGUGCCGUUUGAGAAGCAAGCAGCCCGUCUUGUGGUUCGAAGCCUGUUAGAAGAAGACCAGGAUGAAUUGGAAGAAACUCCAAUACCAGAGAACUCAUUUAGUCGUAUCUUUACAGAGGACUGGUUAGAAGAGCUCAAUAUAGGCAGACAUGGAAGGCUUCUCAGUCACUGUGUGCUGGCUAAUGAGAACUGCAUAGUGAAGGUGCCUUGGGAACAGGUGGUCUACCCAGAGACUGAGGACCAGCCACAGUACAUGGAUUCUUUCAACGAAGAGGAACCUUUGAGUGGACCUUCCUGGCAGGGUUAUUCGGUUGAGACUAGGAUCUGCCCUGCUAAGGAUGGUAUUGCAGUGUCUUUGUGCUUGGUUGACAGCUCCAAACAGAGUGAGAUAAAUCAAGCUAUGUCUGGUGUGAGGCCACUCGGCUGGGUGUCUCCUAAUACUUGGGAUAGUCGCAGUAUUGUUGAUGAGGAUGUAAAUGAUAUGGAGCCUAUCAAAGUGAAGGGUGAUUUAGGAGAUUCAUCGACCUGUGUCCAACCUAAAACAUGUUUGCUAAGGCCGCAUAGGGUCACGGCUCCUGGUGGCCAUGAUCAUACAGCUCAUAAUCGUCCCACCUGUGGACGUACUGUAAGGUUUGCUGAGCAGCCUUGCACUCCUUGCUUGAGGAGGAAGCAUGGACAGGGUACCAAGAACCAAGAAUGCCGAUACAAGGAGUAUUGCAGGGAAGAACAAUGUUCUAUUAGAACUGAAUCCAGGCCAAAAGAAGAUGUCCUCUCUGAUAGAACGGCGAGGACAGACCAUCUUCACAAACCAGUCCAAACACAGUUUACACAGAUACAACCAAUAGGUCAUAACUCCAAUAGAGAUAAUUCUCAGGGUAUCUUUGAUGACACAACAGCGCAACCAUCCCCAAGCAUGGUUGAAACAGAAUCAGAGAAGUGUUUCAUUGCUGUCCAUGGAUACCCCAGUGAGGUAACAGAAAUGCCCCCAAUGUUACAUGUAGCUCAUGGAAAAAAGAACACUUCUUAUGGACUUGUUUCACCAAAGUUAAACAGACGAAAGCCACCAAUGCAAGAAACAGCUCAGAUCCAUACAGAUCUUUCUGCUAAGGCAUAUUACACAAAUAAAACCACAGCCUUAAACUAUCCUGACAUAAAAAAGGCUGGAAAGAGAUCACCAUUCCCAACUCCCACAAAAUCAGAAACCUGCCUCCUGCAAGCAGGACUUUCAUGUCUUACAGGUGGUAGAGAUCGCUCGAACAGAGUAGUAGUGGAGGUUUAUGGUGAUCACCAGCACUGGGGGUCUCCACUGCUGUCCAGCCUGGUGCUCUGUAAACUUCUACUUUACUUCCACACUAUUAUUAGGAGGGAGGAGAGAGGGUACGGAAUGACCGUCGUGUAUGACGGUCGUAAGGUUCCUCCACACCCAGAAUUCCUUGAAGCUCUUCAGAUGGUGCAGGAGCAGGAGACAAAAGCGAUCCACUGUGUGCUACUGCUUGUCAGUAAGGAGAAAAGUUACAGCCCUAAAAAAGGCCCUGGAUACAUGGAGGUCGUGACAUCCUUCAAAGCUCUCAACAGAUAUAUCGAGUACAGCCAGCUGAGCCCGGGCCUGGAUGGCACGUUUCUUUACAGUCACAGGAACUGGCUGCACCUUCAUCAAGAACUCUAUCCGUUUGUGUUCACCCUCAAGGAAGCAACAUGUUUGCUUCUAGAAGCCCUCAGGAAGUUAGAAGGUGUCCAUAAAAUAGACACCGCUCAGGAUGUACAGCAGUGUAUUAAUGACCAACGGGUUCUAAUGGAGGACGUGCUUGAGGACACCCACUUGGUUAUGUUACAAAGGGAAGGUGGGCCCCUGUUGGCCAGGUUGAGAUGGGAGAGCGAUGUAAGAGCAGCACACUACGAGACAAGCUGUAAUGUCAUGGAUACCAUAGAGUCCCUUUACAAUGAGUUAGAGGAACACAUCCAUGUGCUGGUGCAAAGGUCCAACAUUUUAUUCCAGCACCUUGGCUUCUUGCUACAUCUCAGACAAAUGGAAUCAAGGUUCUUGGAGAUAAAAGAGUGGUUUGAUGUGGAGGGAGAAAGACGGAUUCUCGAAGCAGAAUCCACACAGGAACCGAACAGGAGCUUUGAGGAGAUUCUGCAAUGCUUAACCGCUGUCCUCUCUGAAGCUAAUGAACAUAAGCUUCAGGCGAUGAUGUUACUUAAUGAAGCAGAAAGCAUCCAGGGACCAAAUUAUCCAGAGACAGAAGUGUUCCACAUAAUGAUAUCCACAUUUAAAUCCAACUUGUCUGAAUUCCUGUCUGAAGCAGAGCAGUACUGUGAUGAACUAAAGACUAUGCUGAAUGUGUGCCAUUUCUGCGAGAGGGCAACAGUGGUGGCCAUAGACUGCUCUCAGCAAUUAGAACAAGAGAGACUGCAGUGCAUGACUCAUCGAGAGAAAUGGGCUGCUCUUCAAGGAUGCCAUGAAAAGCUCAGCCAGUUUUCCCCUGAACACUUCCAGGAGGCAAAGAACCAGUCCUGCUCUCUGCAGAACCCCUGGGGGAGGAAGGUAUGGAACAUGACUUGGCUAAGGUGUCAGGAGGUCAGUCGACAGCUGGAGGACACCUUGCAGGAAUUGGAACAAGAUCAGCAUCUUUCAGUACCUGUAUCUUCACAAUAUGAUGGGCAUAGUAAUGCAGGGCAGGAAAGCACUGAUGGAGAGCCAAUACUUCCACAACCUGACACACAUCAGAACCCACCGGAAUGCCCAGAAGUCAAGGUCCGGCACAACCGAGACAGUAUCCAUGGCACAGUGACCUGCUUUAACAUCAGUUUCAGACAGUCCCGUAAAGGAUGUAAAGGGGCCAAAAUGGCUCCAGCUGCAGAUCUUGAGCAGAAGUCACCCAGAAAAACAGCCCAUGACCACAAGCAGACACAACCAGUCGCAGGAUCAGACACAGUUGGUUGUCAGUGGUUCAGUUGGCACCACAACUCCAGCAAGGAGGAUCCUUCUUUAGCUUCCAGUUCGUUCAAGAUUCAGAUUCUACCAUCUACCUUUACUGAAUCUAAAUCCUCACCAUCCAUAUCCUCUAGUUCCCAAAUCUCAGGACUUACCUACUCUGGAACUCAGACCUCGGUCGUGCAAAACCCAAUCCCACGUUCUGGAAACUUCUCUUUGGAAAGUUUGGGCUGUGAAGCAAGGCACCCUGAAAAUACUUCCCACUCUGAAGAGACCGCUAGACGGGGCAACGAGGCAGCAAACACCCUGUCUAGUCCUGACAUGGAAAGCAGAACUGUGAAGCCGCAGUGCAUCUUGGAGGAAUUGUUGGUGACAGAACUGGAGUAUGUACGAUCUCUGGCUUACAUCCUGACUCAUUACCUCCCCCUGCUGGCCCAGCCAGAUGUCCCUCCAGAUCUCAGAGGCCAGCGUGGAAGGAUCUUUGGGAACCUAGAGAAACUAUAUGACUUCCACUGCCAUUACUUCCUGCAGGAGCUUGAGGCUUGCCGGGCUGAACCACUUCGGGUGGGCCGCUGCUUUCUCAGACACAGAGAUAAUUUUGGGCUGUAUGCUCUGUACAGCAAGAACAAGCCUCAGUCAGAUGCUCUGAUCCAACAGCACAAGUUCUUCAAGCGUAAGCAGCUGGAGCUGGAAGACAGCAUGGAUCUCUCCUCCUACCUGCUGAAGCCUGUGCAGAGGAUCAGUAAGUACAGCCUGCUGCUGCAGGAGAUGCUGGAGGAAUGUGGAGCAGCGCAUGAAGCAGAGCGGCUGGAGAUCCACGGUGCUGCCGAGGUGGUCCGAUUCCAGCUACGCCACGGAAACGACCUGCUCACAAUGGACGCCAUCCAGGACUGCGAUGUGAACCUGCAAGAACAAGGCCAGUUAUUUCGGCAAGACGAAUUCUACGUGACAUUUCACAAGAAGCGUUCUUUGCGCCGAGUGUUUCUAUUUCAGGACCUGAUUCUCUUCACCAAGACGAAGAAAACCCACCGUGGUGAUGAUGUGUAUGUCUACAAACAGUCCUUUAAGACAUGUGACAUUGGACUCACCCAGAACUGUGGACAGAGGGGUUUGUGCUUUGAGAUCUGGUUCAGAAGAAGAAGAGCCCAGGACACUUAUACGCUUCAGGCGGAGAGACAGGACCUUAAAGAGGCCUGGACUGCAGACCUGGAGCACAUUCUGUGGGAACAGGCCCUGAAGAACAGAGAGUUGCGGAGACAGGAACAGGUGUUUAUGGGAAUGGGUGUUAAACCAUUCAUGAAAAUUCAACCUAAAGAAGAAGCCGUGCAUGACAGAACCCUCACCUGCUUCCUGCAAGAAGGAGAGAUUGAAGAAUUAAAAUCACAGAAUCUCACCGCAUCCAGACUUCAGAGCGACAUGCCGCUGCCACGGCCGGAAUCGAUCGGCUCAACCUCAGGCAGCCAAUCAUCUUCCUCCUCUGGACGAGGCUCUUUGUCUCCUAGCGGGUUCCGUGAAAGCCAGGUGCAUGAAAGCGGCCAUGGAAGUCAGAUACCUCCGAUCAGCCAUCCGAACAUUAACCAAGUGAGCAGCACCGAGGCUCCAGGUCGAUACAGCUCACGCCUGUGUGGUAGCCCGGGUUCCUGCAGUGGUCCAGGAGGGAGGUUUGCGGCACCUGCUGGUCCCCAGCACACUUCUCCUGCUCUGUCCCGGAAAAAAGGCCUUGGCGGCAGCACACGCAAAACACACACCUCGUAUGCAGCAAAAUGUUAGAGAACAGAUUUGCUCUUAACACGAUUCAAUUUCUUCUGAAAUGCGUCUUCAUUAAUAUAUUAAAUCCUGUACAAUUUAUAGAGAGCCUUAAAUAUCAAAGAUUAUAAGAUACAGACGUGGACAAAAUUCCAAAAAUUCUUAAUGGUUUAUUCCAGAUCAGCUUUAGAUUUCUGAUUUAACACAAUAUAAAAACAAAUGAAAAUAACAUGGACAAAAAUGAUGGCACCCUUAGCCUAAUAUUAACCCCUUAAAGGUGAUCAUGAGAAACGAGCGAGUUCUGUAGCUCUCACUGAGACUUCUGCACCUGUCUACAGGUAAUCUGGCCCACUCUUCAUGAACACACUGCUACAGUGGUCUCAUGUUUGAAAGGUACCUUCUACAGACUGCACAUUUCAACUCUUCCCAUAGAUGUUGGAUAGAAUUUGGACCAGAGCUCAUUAAGAAUAGUGCAGUGUUUUGUUCUUGGCUAUUCUUGGAUGCUGAGUUGUAGGUUUUGGGUCAGUAUCCCGUUGGAGGACUCGUGAGCUGUAACUGAGACGGAGCUUUCUGAUGCCCUGCAGUACAUUUCGCUCCAGAAUGGCUUUGGUUGUCAUGGGAUUUCUUUGUGGCCUGCACAGGACCAAGGCUCCCCAAACCAAAGCAAAGCCCCAAAAUAUAAUUAGGUUUUUUCUAUGCUUCUUGUGAACAUACAGUCGAUGUGCCUCACAUAAAAAAAAAAAAAAAAAAAGGGUUUUGUCUCAUCUGUAUUCUCUUAGAUGAAUCACAACUUGUCACUAUGCAUUAUAGCAAAUUUUCAAGAAAACCUUUACUUUGAAACAUCACUAUAAUACAAUAUAUAAAUAAUAUAAUAAUAUAUUUCUGUUUUCGGGGACACCAACUCAUUUGUCCUCACCUGUAAUAAUUGUUUUAUAUUUAGCCUUUUGAGACGCAACAUUCACUUAGUAAACCUUAAAAACAUUUUCAUAAUGAUUCAAAAUUUCAAUCAUUCAAAUUUGUUAAGAUAAAAAUGCGUGUUAAAUCUAAAUUCUUUUACCAAAUAUAAAUCGCACACAAGAAUACAAAAACAAACAGCAGACCUGAAGUACCUUUCCCUCAUUUUGUACCUUCUUAAAGUUUUGGCACCCAUAUACUGUCUAAAUAUGUGAAGUAUAUUGUCCUGACUGAAAAAGCAGUUAUUUCUAAUUUGCUCUCAGCUGUUUUAGAAGUCUGCGUUCCCUCAAUUGCAUCCUGUUUGCAUCCGUGCGGAAUUGAUACUGUAAAUGUUACACGUAAUAUCAAUUCGUCAUACAUGAUACACCAUCAUAGGCAAAAACAAUGAAUGAAUUUUCACACUUUUAAACAACAAAAAGCAUUGAUUAAGAUAAGAUAUACCUUUAUCCGUCCCACAGUGGAAAAAUUUCUGAAAUGUAUAUGUUAAUUUAGUGAAUUAUUAUUCAUUUAUAUAUAAAUUAAUAUAAUUCAUAUUCAAUCAUAUCCUACAAUCGUAUUUAAUGCUGGAAAAUCUUUUCUCACCGAGUAAACACUGUACAAAUGGAAGUACUGUUUCACGAACACCGUAUAUUUUUUUUCCAAACAAAGCCUGUAGUAUAUGUCGACGCAUUUUAUGAUGCAGCAACUAUUUUUUAAAAACCUUUUUUUUAUUGGAAUAAAAAAAUACAAAUAAAAAAGCAGUGUAAAUUAAUCUUGUAUAGCAUAAUUUUCUGCAUGUGUAUAAUUUAAUAGAGGUGCUGAACACAAUCACAUUUAUUUCCUCAAUAUUACUACAAUAAUAAAGUCAAAAUAUAUCUUUAUAAAAAUUCUAAAAUAAAAAAUUGUGUUAUUGGGAAAAUGAGUUUCUUUAUAUUCAUGAAUAUGUGCUACAGAGUGUUUAUUUUAUUUAAAAAAAAAAAGUAAUAAAUGAAGCCAUUUAGACAUCACACAUUAAGUCAAAAUGGACAAGUAAAAGUUUCUCAAUGAUCCACAUGGAAAUUUGAAGUUCAAUUUGAUGAUGUAACAGUUACCUGGUCUAGGAAUGUUUCCUCAGUACAACAUCACUUCAACAUACUGUACACUUGUUAAACAUUUCUAUAUUGUUUGCUGAUGAGACAUUGAGCAGCAGGAACACCAGAACAGGUAAAAAGUGUUUGUCUGUUACACAAUCUGUACACUUUCUGACUUUUCCAUCCAUUUGUGUAUUGGAUGUCUUUGGAUGCAUUCACGUGAAAUUCUCCCUUCACUUGAACUGAGAAACCCAAACCUGUUCCAGCAUGACAAUGUUCCUGUGCACAAAUCCAGCUCCAUGAAGAUCUGCUUUUCAUGGGUUCGAGUGGAAGAUAUCCUACUGUUGGAACGCUGACUGCACCCCAAGCCUC